UGGGGGUACUCUUUCUCUCUCUCUCGAAAGAUCUCAACCAUUCAAUGGGUGGGGAGGAGGCUAAUCAAGGAAAGAAGGCAGCCGUGGAAGAGCUGUUGAAGCGACUGGAGGAAGGGAGAGUCUCAGAUGAAGAGCUCCGGAGGCUGAUCAGGAUUCAACUAGAGAGACGUCUCAAAUGGGGUUACAAACCUACUUAUGAGCAGCAGCUCGCCCAAGUCCUUGACUUGGCUAAGUCUCUAAGGCACAUGAAUAUUGGUACGGAGACUGAUACGCUGGAUUCACAAAUGUAUGAGGUGCCAAUUUCCUUCCUCAAGUUAAUGUUUGGAAAGACCGUCAAAGGAAGUUGUUGUUAUUUUAUGGACGAAUCAACGACAUUGGAUGAAGCCGAAAUAGCAAUGCUUGAUUUAUACUGUGAAAGGGCACAAAUAGAAGAUGGUCAAAGCGUCCUUGACCUUGGAUGUGGGCAGGGAGCAGUUACUUUGCAUGUUGCUCAAAAAUAUAAGAAUUGUCAUGUUACGGGUAUUACCUAUUCAGUUUCGCAAAAACAUUUUAUAGAGGAACAGUGCAAGAACCUUCAACUAUCAAACGUCGAGAUUAUAUUAGCAGACAUAACUGUACUUGAAAUGGAGUCUACAUUUGAUAGGAUACUAGUUAUUGGACUAUUUGAGCACAUGAAGAAUUAUGAGCUACUUUUGAGGAAGAUAUCUAGGUGGAUGAUACCUGAUGGCCUUCUUUUCUUAGAACAUGCAUGCCACAAGAUGUUUGCUUACCAAUAUGAGCCUAUUGAUGAAGAAGAUUGGUACUCGGAAUAUGUCUUCCCUGCUGGGACACUGAUUAUGCCAUCAGCCUCCUUUUUUCUAUAUUUUCAGGAUGAUGUGUCAGUUGUCAACCAUUGGAUUCUUAAUGGGAAACAUUUCGCACGUACUAUGGAAGAGUGGUUGAAGGGAUUGGAUGAUAAUAUGGAUACAGCAAAAGAAAUAAUGAAGUCAUUCUCUGGUAGUAAGGAAAAUGUUGUGAAGCUUAUUAACUAUUGGCGGGGCUUCUGCAUGGCUGGAAGUGAGCUAUGUGCAUAUAAUGGAGGGGAAGAAUGGAUGGUUUCUCAUGUUUUAUUCAAGAAGAGAUGAUGAAACUCUCAUUGUUGGAUGGUUCUAUCACAUUUCAGGUGGAGGCCAAUACCCUCUGGCAAAGUGAGGACUAAGUUACCAAUAUUUUUCUUGUGGAUUGCUUUGGUCGUUCAUACUUUUCUUUGUUUAGUGCAAUGAAUGAACAAUAAUAAGAAAUGUUUCAGGAAAUGGCAUGUAGACAAGCUAUUGGAGUACAACAUUCCAAUUUAAAUAAUAAUAUGCUUGAAUCCUUUGGUUUACAUUCA